GUCUCUCUUCUCUCCGAGUUUUUGUAACCAAAGCAGUACACUGGGAGGUUAUUUAUCGGUUUAAAGUAUUGAACCAAUCCAAUAUAUGAGACCGGUUUAAUAAUCCUUCGAUUUCGAUUCGAACUUUGGUUUCAUCUCCCCAAAUCGAAGCGAAGGUCUCUCAACAAUGGCGAAAUCAGUGUCGACGGCGGCUUCCUCGCUUGUGCAAAACCUUAGGCGGUACAUCAAGAAGCCAUGGCAGAUCACCGGACCUUGCGCUCACCCAGAAUACCUCGAAGCUGUUCCAAAGGCGACGGAGUAUCGUCUCCGAUGCCCCGCUACGAUUGAUGAAGAAGCAAUCGUGCCUUCCUCGGAUCCAGAGACCGUAUACAACAUCGUAUACCACGGCAGAGAUCAGCGCAGAAACCGCCCACCGAUCCGGCGAUACGUAUUGACGAAGGACAACGUGGUUCAGAUGAUGAACGAGAAGAAGAGUUUUGACGUCUCGGACUUCCCUAAGGUUUACUUGACCACCACAGUCGAGGAGGAUUUGGAUACGCGUGGUGGAGGCUACGAGAAAUAAUCAGGUUUUUUGCUCAUCUCGUCUUUCUCUUGUAACGUACUGAUGGGGGAAAGACUGCGCGUGACACAUCUCUACCGACAAAAAAUAUCUCCCUUGUUUGAUUAUUCAAUAAGAUAUCUAGUAGCUUUAUGAACUACAAAACACUUCAUUUUCCUUCACAAGAAACAGAUUGUUGUUCAGUUGUAUUCCCUAUCUUUAUGAUGAACCCGUGAUCGUGAUUGUUUCAAGUCUGAGUGAUUUAGAAAUGGUUAAUAAUGUAAUACAAAGAGAGAACCAGUUAGUAGUAGUCUCUGUGUUCUUGGGGACCCUUUCUUCUCUCCAUCAGUGACUACCUUUCUUCUCUGCAUCAGUGACUAAGAAGAAGGAGAAGAAGCAGAAACACUAUGUCUCCAUCAAUUUGUGUUUUUAUGAAUUUUACCCCAAACUACUGUUUCUUUCACCUUUUGCUCCUGUCUCUUGCAAGGACAUGUCACUAUUUCUCUCUCUCGGCAUGAGCCUUUUGCAUUUACUGCCGUACAGACCGAGAACGACGGCUCAGGAAUUUGGGUCCAAAAUGUGUCUGUGUGUAAGUGACAUGCAUACGUCAUCAUAUGCACGUAUUCCAACUUUUGGUCUAAACUGGGACACAUGAGCGUUUCAAUUGCACUCUGUGUUACCGUUUUGCACUCAUUGUGG